UCUAUUAUUGAUGUUUUUGAGUGUCUAAGCGGCAGCUGAGCCGCAAUUACGUUGUCGUGAGCGAGCUGUUGGCCUAUUAAUAUAUUAAAUUGAUAGCUAAUGGUGCAGUAAAAUGGAUUUUUACGUCAUAAAAUAUUUUUUCUUUAAGAGAAGUGUUAUUUAGGUAUAUAUUUCUGGCUUGAAAUACUUUUUGAUAAAAGUGCCGCCAUGACUGGUGUUGAAGCAGCUGAUGAUCGGCUCGAAAGAAGAAGUUAUCCCGAAUCUUGCAGUCCACUCAGCUGUUCAGAUCGAUCUUCUCCCGAUCCUUCUUCCACUUUACAACCUCUCUUAACGUCAAGUAACAGCAAUACAUCAUCUUCCCCUCCUCCAUAUUUGCUGGAGCCCCUCACCCCAACAACACACACGUCUUUCACCCCACUCACCGAUCCUGCCAACUCUACCUGUGCUGAAAACGAUCCUCCUUCCCUUCUCAAUGACGAACAGCCACAAAUGUCUGAAAGCAAUUGGAGUAUGCAUCUUGAUGUGCUUAGUAAACUGAAGACUGAAAGUGAGGAUUGGUAUGACAAUGAGGAGCUUUCAGCAGAAGCCUUGUUGAGCAGCAGCAGGAACAUCAGGAGUGAAUAUGCUAAUUUUACAAGUUGCAACCCCAACUAUUGUGACUCCCCACCACUGCCCUUAGAUAAUGAUUCUCUCCAACCAGCCCAUGAAGUUCACCAAAUAAACUUUGCUCCACACCCAAUCUAUUCUCCUUACUUUCUCUCAGACUAUCCCAGCAUCCCACUUCAACUCCCUCUUCCUCACCCCACAUACUCCCCACCUCCACAUUUACCUCCCCAAAGUCCACAUGCUCCUGCUUACUCUCUCCCACAUACUCCUCCAACAACACCCCACUCUUCCCUGGCUCCCCCAACCCCUCCUCAUCCUCCUCCAAACUCGCUCUCACCCAUCAUACUACCAAAGAGAAGAGGCAGGAAACCAAAACACGUCAAGAUUGAAGAAGACAAUGGCAACUUAGAAGCAGUUGCUGCCGCUUGGGCUGAACAUGAUGCUAAGAAGCGCCGCAAGACUGGCGCCUCUAUUGCCCCUGCUGUGCUCUCCCCUCCAACACCCACACCUGAACCUCCUGUCAAGCCUCGCAAGAAAAUGGACAGAUUUGGUGGCCUGGAAGAGGAGGAGGUUGCUAAGAAGACCUUGCCUGAUCAUCUCAAGCAUGGGUUGGACAUAGUAAUUAUUGGAAUCAACCCUGGCCUGUUUGCUGCGUUCAAGGGCCACCACUACGCCGGUCCUGGCAAUCAUUUCUGGAAGUGCCUGUACCUGUCAGGGCUGAUCCCUGAGCCGCUGGGUGCAGAGGACGAUGGCUCGCUGCUCAAGUACAACAUCGGCUUCACCAACAUCGUGGCGCGCACUACGCGAGGCUCGGCCGAGCUUACCAGACUCGAGAUCAAACAAGGAGGCGAAAUGCUGGUGUCAAAGCUGCGCUUCUACCGCCCCCGCAUCGCCGUCUUCAACGGCAAGGGCAUCUACGAAAUAUUCUCUGGCAAGAAGGACUUCCAGUUUGGCAAACAGCCAGAAAUGUUCCCACACACCGACACUUACGUGUGGGUGAUGCCGUCGUCGUCUGCGCGGUGCGCACAGCUCCCUCGCGCGCUCGACAAGGUGCCGUUCUACUCGGCGCUGCGCAAGUUCCGCGACUACCUCAACGGCAGCGUCGACCACAUCACCGAGGAGGAGAUGACCUUCGCGCACGUCAAGCUAAAGAACUUCAAGAAGGAGGACAAAGUCGUUAUUGAGGAAGAUGAUGAGGAUGAUGAUGAUACUGCUGACGGUGACCUGAGAGUGUCACAAGAGUCGAGUGAUGCGUCCCAGCACUCUAGCUACUUCAGCAGCCCUAAUGAGCAUUACUGAACACAGCGCCUCUUGCUGGAGUGUCGGUGUGGAGGUCAGCCCGAUGCACCGCCUCUUGUUGGGGUGUCGGUGUGGAGGGUGGCCUGUGCAGCUAUCAUCAAUGCGUUAUUUUGUCUACUGUGAAUGAUAGCGUUUGUAGUUUAAUUGAAUCGUGGUCCUUAUGAUGCACGCUUGCAGACUGACACGAAAGUGCGUUUGUUGCGCGUAAAGUGAUU